CGGGGGACAGCUCAAAGAUUCACUGAUGCUCUCAGAAUGGUCGACCUGGACUCUACCGUCAACCUGAUCUGCCUGGACCGUAUUCCGCGUCGAAUGUUUAACGACGGCAGACUAGCCCUGCAGCCAAUCAAUAGAGGCACCCAAUCGAACGGCGACCACUCCAUUCGCUUGCGCGUGCAUUUGCUGCAGACACAGGCGAGGCAAUACGAACUACGCGCAUGGAGAAGCGAUCUGGCGCAAGAUCCCUAUGAGCUGCUGGAGAAUUUCCAGCUCGGCGACGACGAGCCUCAAAAACCCCGCCUCGUUUCUUCAGUGACCCAGCGCGGAAUUAGUGAUGGCCACAAAUUUGAUAUCACUGCAAAGACGCAAGACGAUCUUCCAAAUUGGGACCUCGAACUCAGAUACCGCAUUAGUGUGAUGAAUCAUCUGAUUAGCGCUGCCGGUGUUUCAAAUGAGGAGGCUGGUGAAUCCGAUGAAGAAGUAUCUGAUGAGGAGUUCGAAGAUAUUGAUGUGGUCGAAGGUGCCAUCAGAAACCUAGAGGAAAUCGCGAAGCAGAGGUUGGAGGAGGCGGAUGAGGAUGAUGUUGUCUGAGUAUUGAGAUCCACUUAGGCUGAUGGGGCUUUUGACAGAUAGUCGCAGUGUAAUUCGAUGAUCACCGAGCAACGUGAUCGUUCC